AUGUACAAGUGUGUUUCGGCACAAAGCAAUGUUAUGGCAGAUUAUGGGAAACUAUCUCCCAUUGGACCAAGAGUUUUGUCUGCAGAACAACAAGCUGCAUUGGAUGCUUUGGAGCAGCCGGCUAACAGGGGAAAACGAGUAACAAAGAAAGAGAAAGAGUAUGCUAAGGAGGGUAAGCCAAAGUCUUCCAAACAAAAGUCUGGUGAAGGACAAUCUUCUCAAUCGAAACCGAAAAAGAUAAAGAAGAUGGCCAACCAACCCAAGGAGAACUCUCCUCCAGGACCAGAUCCUGUUGAUGAUCAAGAUGAAGAAGAGGAGAAUCCUCAUGUCUCACCCCAAGAGUCCAAUCCUCCAAGAUCUCCAACUCCACCAGAAUCUCCUAAACAGGUCCUCAUUCCAACCCCACCUCCAUCUCCAAAAACUACCAAAGUUCCAACCCCACCCCUAUCUCCAAAAACUACCAAAGUUCCAACUCCACCUCCAUCACCGAAACAGAAAGCUCUACUUUCUGCUCCUACUGAUAUUCCACCCAUUCUUACAGAAACAACAUCUUUACCCACCUCAUCCCUAAUUACCUCUGUUUUUGUCUCUACUAUACCCUUAUCCACUCCUCUUAUAACCGAAUAA